ACGGCUGUUUAGCUUGCUGCUACUUGUAGGAUGUGUUGACGUGAAUGAUGCAUAGCUGUUGAUACACAGGUUAUCACCAAUGACCCAUAACGCUAACAACUUAAUCUGUUAUUUUAUAGUGUCCAAUAAAGACAGGAUGACAGGGCAAGUUGGCGUCAGAUCAUUGUGCUACAGGUCUAUGCUGAAGUCUGAGAUGCCACAUCGUUUAAGUAUUACACUUGGUGAUUCAACGCCAGUGGUAAUGACACAGAAGACAUGUUCCUGUGUGGCAGGCACUGCUUUAUGCAGCCACAUAGUGGCCCUGCUGUACCAAACGGCACACUAUUCACAACUUGAAAUACCAGUGGUACCCCCUGUUCAUAGCUGCACAGAGUCAGAACAGCAAUGGCACAAGCCAAGAACUAUGGGUGUGAAGCCUGGACCCAUCAACGCCAUGGUCUUCACCAAGCCAGUACCAAAGCGAAGGGUACAGACUGGAGUAAGGAGUGGAUUCUACAGAGGCCUGGUCAGUCCAUUACCCGAUCCCUGCAUGUUCCGAAUAUCAGAAGCAUACAGUCGCUUUAGCCUUGAGGAUCAGCCACUUGUGACCACCAUGAACAUGAGGUCUGACCAGCCCCUUGUGGAAAUUGGCAUCGGGUUAGUGCAAAAGGGAAGUGUAUUGUCCUAUCAACAGCCUGCACAGAAGACCCGGUACAUCACACAUAUUCAUGACACGCCACCGACACCACACUUGCCGCUGGAUGGACAUGAUGACUCUAGGUUUCGGGAGAUCUGCCAUGUCAAAGGCCAGAGCUCUGCUGAGUCGCUUGCAGACCGAAUAUUUAAGGGAACAAGACAAACGGCAGACAUGAAGAGGGGGGCUGAGAUGGAGUCAGAAGUGGCAGCUGAAUAUAGUAAGUUAGUCCAUGUCAACUAUACACCCAGUGGUCUAGUUAUUCAUCCAACCACCCCCUGGCUUGCUGCUUCUCCAGAUGGUGUUGUUUAUGAUCCAAACACAAACCCCCAAUUCGGCCUUGUUGAAUUCAAAUGCCCUAAUGUCAAAAACUUUGUAGACUGCAAAUACGUAAAAAUGGAAAAUGGUUCCCCAAAACUUAAAAAAAGCCACGCCUAUUACUGGCAAGUACAAGGGCAACUGCUCCUCACAGGGAUGCAGUGGUGCGAUUUUGUUGUGUGGGCACAGGAGGACUAUCUUGUGCAACGGAUUUACAUAGACACUGAGGUGCAAAAAUCAAUCAGAGAGAAAGCUGAUUAUUUCUUUUGCUACUACAUGCCACGAUACCUACAAAUGAAAAAUGAGCUCUAAAAACAUGAUCAAAAUAUAACUUAUUUAAUCCAAUACAAAUCAUCAUCAUCAUAAAAAAGAAAAAAAAAAUAGACCAAUAUAUUGUAAUAGUUGUUCAUUUUUACAAAUCCAAUGUAUUAUAACUGUUCAUUUUUACAAAUCUAUACAAAGGGGCUUAAUGAUUGUUGUUCAUUUUUACAAAUCUAUACAAAGGGGUUUAAUGACUGUUCAUUUUUACAAAUCUAUACAAAGGAGCGCAUGGCCGCUUACUGUAUCCAGCUGCCACUUCUGACUCCAUCUGCCACUUCUGAGUUGUUCAUUUUUACAAAUCUAUACAAAGGGGUUUAAUGACUGUUCAUUUUUACAAAUCUAUACAGGACCCUAUUGAUUGUUGUAAUGUACUGUCACUGCCUCUGUAUAAUCCACUCCUAAAAAAUAACACUAAUUAUUGAGUCAAAGACAUGAUGGACAAAAAUAUGGUUCAAAUGUGUUAUAGAUUUUUAUUUGUAAACAAUAAAUAAUGUAUAUAUAUUAGGUAGGUAGUUUUUGCCAUUUCAGAGAACAUUUUUUUUUAUUUAUGUGAUAUUCAUGCGUAGAGUACCCACUGUUUUACUUUUGAACUAAUGUAUGUUAUACUAUUGUGAUGUAUCUAAUUUUACAUUAAAAUGUAUGUACAAGUAA